ACAAAACCUGAAUCCACCUCUUUCCAUAUGAUGAGUUAUCUUUCACUUUGAUUCCGUUGAGAAUCUAUUUGGUUGACAAUUAGUUUAAUUUACUAAUUGUAAAUAUCAAUUCUUAUUAGUGAUUAACCAUGGAGGAAGUAGAUUCAAUCAUCAUUCACCAACUGAAACAGAUCCAAGGUGAUUUCGAUGAGGAACACACCUCUUUGCGAGAGCUUGAUUACAAUACGAUAAUGAAGUGUUUAAUUAGUUGUAUUUCUCUGAUUGAUCCUGAACUAACCAAUGGUUUAUCCAUCGCUCCACAAUCCAAUAUGGCUUCUAAAUACAAACUCUGUACUUCAUUAGCUGAUAUUUGUGUUGAAUUAGGAUUCAAAGGGGAUCUUGGUUAUCAGACUUUUCUUUAUUGUAAUGAUGCUGAUUUAAGGAGAUUAUUUCUAUUCUUAUUGGAAAAGAUUCCUAAAGACGAAACUCAGGAUAUUACGACAAUCAAUUUGACCGGUGAUACUUUUGUAGAGAAAAUUUGUAAAAAGCCAAUUUCCAUUAGCUGGACACCUCCUGUGGUUCCUUCAUGUCAACAUCUAGAAUCAUCAUUGCCCAAUCUUACCUGGAAAACGAAACCUCUUACCGGUAUUCUUAACUCACAGAGUAUUGCUGGUAAUCGAAUUGCUCCUUCUAAAAGAAAUUAUUACGACAAUUAUGCCAGAAUACCGAUCAACGAUAUUGCAUCGAUUUUGGAAUGGAAUUCAGCCUCAUUAGAUCCAACUUAUAUUCGUCUAACAAAUUCAAGGAGAAAAAUGAUUGAGAAUAUUGAAUUUAUCGGGAGAAAAAGUUUCUUUGGUCAUGAAGAUUCUUCUGAAGAUUCGGUUAGAGAUAAUCUCGUCUCAUCACCAGAGUCGCCAUUCCAUGCUAACGUGACGGAAGAAUUGAAUCAAGAAGAAGCAUUAAAAAGUGAAAUCGCAACACUCGAAGAGGCCAUAGAAGAAGCUAAAAGCCGUUUAGUUGAAAUGGAAACCAUUUUGAAUGAACAAGUCCAAUCGAUUGAAAAAUCUGAAGAAAAGCUUAAAAAUCAAUCAGAUAAACUGAUCAGCAUGCGAACAAGUGAUAAAACAGUUUCCGAUUUAGCCGAUGAAGUGGCCUAUGUGAAAGAAGAACUAGCUUCAUUCCAAGAGCAAUGGAAAGUGAUUAGCGACCAAUUAACUGGUAAAAUAGAUUCGAUCAAGGAAGAGAAAUCAAUAGCCAGCCAACGAAGGAAUCAAAUGAUCAAAGAGAUUCAUAAACUAAAGAAAACAAGUCGAAUAAAAUUGAAGGAAUUAUCUGGAAAGGACGAAUUGAUUAGCGAACUUCAAGAAAAAAGUAGAAAACCUUUACCGCCGAACAGAUCAUCAUAUACCCAACGGAUCAUGGAACUUGUAAAUAACGUAAAGAAACAAAACGAAGAGACCAAGAAAAUCCUUCUCGAAACGAGGAAACUACAAAAAGAUAUAAACAUUGUCUCUGGAAAAGUUCAAAGGGCUUACACAAUAACGGACGAAACAAUUUUCAGGGAUGCAAAAAACAGUGAAUGGAAUCGUAAAUGUUACAAAUUACUCGCAACGAUGCACAAAAAUUACGAUACACUGUUGGAUUGUGUUAACGCCAUAGGAACUAUUCGUAGAGAGACAUUGCAAUUAGAAGAGACGAUUGAAAAUGAGAGACACAAUGAAUCCAUCGCCAAUUUGGACCGUAUUCAGAAAGAUUUGGAACAAUUAAAGAUCGAGAAUCACCUGGGGAUGAGCAAUAGAGGAUCAAAUUAACGAGCCCUCAAUCAUUAGGAAAUUUUCUGACUAUGUAAUUAACUUAAUUGUUGAAACAAAAGGACCAAGCAAAAAGUCAAAAAUCCUUCAACUAUUUUUUUACUUCUAUCAACUCAUGGAAAUUAUUUGUUUCCAUCUAGAAGAAUAAAUUUUUCUUCAUUUUGAUCGUA